AUGAUGACUACAGAGUCGCUUUCCGCCAGCAAUCCCGAUGAGGCGGCCGUUGAGCGCUACAAGCGCAUCUUCAAUCGCUUUGCAUCGGUGGAAAACAACGGCGAGAAAUUCAUGGCUCGGGACGACUUUGUCAACGCAAUUGCACCCGGCGAGGACUACAAGCGGCUACAGCGGUCGCAAUACGCUGUUCUCUUUAACGUUGCGGAUCAGUCUAAGCAAGGUCUUCUUUCAUUGUCGGAUUUCACUGUGUUUGAAAACUUGCUGUCCCGUCCUGACGCAGAGUACGAGAUUGCUUUUCGAUUGUUCGAUACCGAGGGCACCGGCAAGAUCACUCGGGACCAGUUCAAACAAAUCUUGUCUGCAAACAUCGGCAAAGACGCGAUUCCCUUCGAAUUUGAAUGCGAGUGGCUCAGAUUGUACACCGGCGGCAAGGAUGCAACACACGAAAUGUCAUACAAAGAGUUCACGCAGCUCCUCAAGGGUCUCCAGGCAGAGCGUCUUCGUCAGGAGUUUCGCUACUACGACAAAGACGCGACAGGAUACAUCACCCCGGUCGCGUUCAAGAAGAUUAUCAUCGACAUUGCAGGCCACAAGCUGUCGGAACAUGUGCUCGACAAUCUCCCGACUCUUUGCAAUCUUUAUGCCAGCAACAAGAUCUCAUUUGCGAAUGUCAUGGCCUUUUACAAUGUGAUUCGCGACAUGGAUAUGGUUGAGAGAGUGGUCCGUAAGGCUGUAGAAAAGAACAAGGACGGCACGAUUACCCGGGCAGACUUUCUCAACACUGCCGCCAAGGAGACGCGAUUUUCACUCUUCACGCCCAUGGAGGCCGACAUCAUCUUUCAUUUCGCGGGCUUGGACAAUCCUUCAGGCAAGCUGACGCUCAAGGACUUUUUCCGUUUGCUGGAAUCAAAGUGGGAACACGCCCUUCCAGUCACUCACCCUGCCGCCCCUGAUAUCAAGCAGGGUGCCAUUCAUGACAUUUUGAGGGGAUCCUAUGGUUUCUUGCUCGGAUCGAUCAGUGGUGCUGUUGGUGCCACAGUCGUAUAUCCAGUUGACCUCGUCAAAACACGCAUGCAGAACCAACGUUCGAAAGUCGUUGGUGAAUUGUUGUACAAGAACAGUAUUGAUUGCUUUAAGAAGGUUGUCAGGAAUGAGGGCGUCUUAGGACUCUACAGUGGACUUGGUCCCCAGCUGGUCGGUGUAGCGCCAGAAAAAGCUAUCAAACUGACGAUGAACGAUCUCGCGCGCGGCCAUCUUACAGACAAGAACGGAAACAUCUCCCUUGCGGGCGAAGUGAUUGCAGGAGGUAUCGCAGGAGGUUCUCAGGUUGUAUUUACGAACCCAUUAGAGAUCGUCAAGAUCCGUUUGCAGGUUGCUGGUGAGGCCGCCAAGACGCUGGAGGUACCCCGCCCCGGUGCUGUGGCGAUUGUGCGGACAUUGGGUAUCAUCGGUCUUUACAAGGGAGCAAGUGCGUGCCUGCUUCGUGAUAUCCCCUUCUCCUCGAUCUACUUCCCCGUCUACGCCCAUUUGAAGAAGGACUUAUUCAAAGAAGGGCCCAAUCAUCAGUUGUCGAUCGGCGAGUUGUUGAUAGCUGGUGCAGUUGCUGGUAUGCCCGCCGCGUAUUUUACCACUCCGGCAGAUGUUAUCAAGACGCGUCUGCAGGUCGAGGCCAAGAAGGGGCAAAGCACGUAUUCAGGUAUCGGAGAUGCAGCACGCAAGAUCUACAGAGAGGAAGGGUUCCAGGCCUUCUUCAAGGGAGGCCCCGCACGUGUCCUCCGUUCAUCGCCCCAGUUCGGUACGACAUUGAUGGUCUACGAAAUCCUGCAGCGCGCGUUCCCCUUUGGCGGAUCUCAGGAGCUGGCACAGCAGGUGACACCAACGCACUCGGACGAUCUCAGCUACCUGCAGUCGAAGAACGCGCUCAAGAUCUUACUGGAUGUUCACUACAAGUUUGGCAUUGUCCCCCCGAACGUCAAGGUCUCUGGAGCGACCGGCCCAUGA